AUGAAGAGGUAGGGGCAGGAUAAAAAUAUAGCUUCCUUCCUUAUCUUUGGCCUGCAGAACAAAAUAAAGGAUGUCUGAAAAUUGAAUUAUUAUUGUCUAGGUCCUUGCUGUGUCUCAUCCGGUGGUCCUACAGUGAGGACAUGAAUGGGAGAUGAGUGAUAACCCUCUGACCUGACCUGUACUCAUGUGAAGGUUAUUUUGGUAGUCCAGGAAAGGGAUGGGAGACCAGCGCCCUCAUUCUCUGUCUUGCAGCAAUUAAUAUGUCUUUCAUUCUCAAGAUACUGAUAUACCUGAGAUAUAGGGUUUGGAAAAACCACAUGUUCUUAUCUGUAGCUGAAUUACUUAUCCUUUUGACAAUGUAAAGCAAAUGUAAAAAAAUUGCUGAUCUAUUCAGAAGGCAUUAACUUAGAUGUUUUUUUUAUUCCGGCUACUCAUGUCAGUUUUUUUUUUUAUCUGUUUUUGCUCUGUUUGGUUUCCUCCUACCGCUGAGGAAAAUGGCCCUUAUUCUGUAAAAAAAGGUUCCACUAUUGGUUCCUCAACUGUUAGAGGGAGGGGCUAUCACAUAGACUGUUUAUACUAUGGACAACUUGGUUCCCCCUACCGCGUGUAUACGGAUUUGAAGCCAAAUAGUUCUCCGUAUUGCCGGGAUUUUUCUUCAUUACCUGAAUUUUACAAGUCAUGUAUUUUUUAAGUUAAAAUAUUGGAUCACCAAAGCAUUUUUCUGAGUCAUCAUAUAUAUAUUGGCUGUCUUCUGCCGAACAGCAGUCGUGUUCUCACAACUUUACAACUUGGUUGCAGAGAUACAUGAUCCCUGUGAGUCCCUAUCCAUUGGGAUUGGUUGCUAUCUGGGUGUCUCAGCUUUUCAGUUCUUUGCAUAGCUCAUUUGUUGAAAGCAUUUUGCUACAAAAUGAUUAUAAUGAUUGAGCCAAAAAUGUAAUUAAAUAAAAACGACCUAGAAUACACUGAAAUGUUUAACCUUCCUUCUGUGUUAGGGUCUGCACCGACCUGUUUUUGAUCUUAAAUGCUUAAAAGAACCACUUAAAUUAGCUUUUUUGAAUCAUGACUUUCUGACUUUGUCAGAAACCUCUAUUUUAAUCAAAUAAAAAUCAAAAAAUUUAAUUUACUAGUUAAUAAUUAUUAGAGCAAAAACUGAAAUAAUGUGUGUACUGUUAACCACCACACUGACAGUCAGAUCCUCUUCCAAUCAUGUGAGAUUUAGGAGUUUCUCAUUUUGCCAUGUUUUUUCCUGCACAAAAAACGUUGGGCAUGUCCAGACAUGUGAGAUCAAUUCAGUAUAGAUAUCUGUGUGAGGGGUGUACUGACAAAGAAAAGCCCAGAGGCCCACAACAAAAAAAUAUAUUAAGCAAUGUUUUCAUGGAUAAUGAAGCCUAACAAGGUAACCUGGAGAUGAGAACAAAAGUAGAUGGUAGAGAAUUGUUUUUAGUGUAAUUUACAGCUGAUUUAAGACACGGGUCAAAACCGACCCUUAACAUGCUGGGUGUGUAGUGAAAGCUAACACAGGAGGAAGGUUAAGAAAAUACAAAUGAAGAUGAUCUUGUAGAAGUUACGUUGUGCAGAAUCAUGACCAUCUUUUGCUACAGUUCCUAAACACCCUGCAAAAAAAGACAGCAUUACGGCCUUAAGGGUAAAUUUGCUGUUACUCUGCAGAGAAUUCUUCUUAUUGCUAAUUAUUCCUGCAGUUGUGAGCUGCCCGCUAGCAACACUCCUCCUUACUUUGCUCCACGUGAGGUCAGAGAACUCACACUUGUUUCCAUCUUGCCUGUGUUUGUCACUGGACCCACUGCCUUGUCACAGGCAACCCUGCUAUGUGAGUCUCAGUGGGAGAGCAGGGGAAGUUAUGUGACUGUGGACCUCUCCUGUUACAAAACAUACAGUGCAGACAUACAACCUCGCUGAUUCUAAAUGUCACACAGACCUCAGGAGUGGCUGACUCUCAGAGGAUGUUUGUCUAAUUUUCAACCCAGGCUGACAAACUUCUAAACAUUGAAAAAAGUUAACUUGUCUGUGACUGGACUGUCAACAGAGUGGUGAGGCUUCAAUAUGAGUGGAAAGAAUGCAGACUCCUGUGAGCCUGUUGUCUGAUGUUGGUUAAUGAUCAAACUAAUGUUAUUUAUGUAACUAAAGAAAGUCACAUUGCAUGUAGUUUAAGGUCAUUAAAAAACUUUUAUUUUCAAGAAGGAAAAUCAGAAAAUUCCACAGCUUAAAGCUUCUUUUAAGGAGGUCAACAUCAGGACAAUGACAGAGUUUGUAUUUUUUUGAACAAAAAUUAGCUCUCUGUCUCUCAUCUAAACAGUGGAUUUUCUUAUGUGCCCUGCUCUCUGUCCUAGUUUUAAUUUUGGUAGCUGUGUUCUGACUGGGCUUAACUGUGUGAAUGCUAUUUUAAACAGUUCAUAACUACUGUAGCCAGUGCUUGAAACAUAAUCAUGUCAUCUGUAAACGCCCUGCAGAUGAUCUCCAGAGUAGACUCCAGUCUUCGUAAACAGCACCAAACUGCUCUAUUGGCCAGAUCAGCUUAUUUCCCUCAAACAAGAAACCAAAACAGCAGCACAAACUACAUCUAAAACACAGUUUGACACACCAGUGGUACACCUCAGCUCACAAGGCAUCUCUCAUAUUAAUCACAGGCUUCUAAAAUUAAAAUAUACAUAUAUAUAUAUUUUCAAAACAACAAGAAACAACAUAGAGAAAGAAGCUUCAAAGCUGAAUUCAAAGCAAGUCAUCUCAACAUGUAAUCCACAAUAAUAACCCCUAGAGGGCAGCAAAUUGACAUUUGUAAUAUUGUGUGUCGGUGUACAAAUACAGUUAACAUGUAAUACUGCCAAUCCAAACUCCUCAUAGGCAAAUAUAAUGUGGACAUAAAGUGAAGUAUUUGUAACCACUUUAAAAAAAAAAGAAAGAAAAAAAAAACGUCUUUGAGGUUUGAUAUGUUCUGUUUAAACAAAUAAUAUCAUGUCCGAUUUCUAUUGUAAAAACGCACCAAAACACAUAUCAACAUACAGUGUACAACCAAAAGUAAGUCAUCGAACGACCACCAAUGUAAUGUAUAAGCGUUUGUGAAAUGACACAUGAAUAUCUUAAAGUUGGCUUGAUUGUUUUGUAUUACAGUUCCACACUGGACCUACUCUGACUGUGUAACAGUACUGUUCAGGCAGGUGCUCAUACUGAACACAGCCCUGUGGCUUUUUGAGACAGUGCAGCUAUUUCAGAAGCUGCCUCUGCAGAAAUACACUAACCUCAAUAUAAUGAAUGAUAUCUUAUAUAAACAGUGAUUCUAAACACAUCUAAUUGAUACAAAGAGAAUCUUGUGUGUAAAACAUUUGAAAUAACUUUCUUUGUCUUUCCCUAAAACCCUUAAACCCAAUCCAUGCGUUUUGGUCAUUGUAAUUUGAGCUGAAAUUUGGGACCUUUUUUUUGUCUACAACAUGUUUGGCAGCAUUUAUUUAGCCUUGGUACGCUGCUUUUGGGUAUGAUGCCCUACAAUAGUGCUUUAUUUAAAUGUUCAAAGAGUAAUUUUAAGACCUAUGAAAGUCUUGAACUUUUACUGACAUUUGACCCCUUUUUAAUGGGAUGUUUUAUAUCACUGCUCGUUUAAAGUUGUUUAAACAACAACUUAAUUAAACAAUGUCUUCAGGGCUAAUGGAUACAAGAAAAUAUUGUCAAGGGUUUCAUUUCUUGAAGCUCACCAAGAAGUGCAGAUUUCGCUUUGUAUACAAGCAUGCAAUCCUGUUUCCUAGACUCAAAUUUAGAGUCACUUCAGGGUUUUGUAGUGCUAAUGACACAAUGACCUAUUGUAGGGACAGUGUUAAAUCCCAGGACAGUAGUCAAUGUGUAGAAGUUGAGACAAUGGCCCUCAACAGACUGAAGGGAGUGUAACUCAGUGAUAAUAAACCUCCUCUCUCCAAUUCUUGUGAAAUAAUCCCUUCAUUCAGUCAGUACCAAGCAGCAGCCUCCUCCUGCCCUCCUAUGGAAGGGAAGGAGGACCAGUGCCAGUCUUACCUCGUCUGCAGACCUUCAAUGGGCUUUUGUAGACACUGCCAUCCUUCCCCCCCGGUCAACCCCCGGCAGUCCUUUCAGGAGUGUCACAUGGCACUCCCACUCUCGACCCAUCUUACAAUGCAGCCCUGUCAUUGGCACCUCAUUGACAUGCUCUCAUAGUGAUGUGCAUUGGGGAAUGGUUGUGUUCCUCCACUUCUUUCAAAGGAAAUGAAGUGCCGGGCUGGGUGGCCAAAGUGUGGCUUCCUGGAUACUGGUAUUCAUAUUUCUUAGGAGGAAGUGCUGAAAAUGGUGUGUGUGUGUGGGUCAGGAGUUGGCAGUGAGGUUCAGCAAAUGUGUAACACCAAUCUCCUACACCUUUAACUGUCAUAUAACACUUAUAAAUGUAAGGAUUGAACAUUUCUAUUGAAAAAUAGUAUUGAAAUGUUGAGGAUGAGUUUCUGUGUGGGGGCCCUGACCUCUUUUACAAGACAUAAUACAGUAACAGGGUGAAGAACCAGGGAAAUUCUGGCAGAAAUCAAAGCAUGUAGCUACUCUGGAUAAAGGUUCGCACAACAUUUUAUUAAAUAUAUUAAUUGUUGGCUUUACCUUUACAAAGUGAUGUGUUGUUCAGGUAGGUGCUGCUUGUAGAGAUCAUGAUCCCACUUCUUGCCUGUCGAGGAAACCUCAUAUCCUGUGGACCAAAGAAUGACAGACAAUUGUGAAUACAGACAAUAAAGCUUAUAUAUUUAACAUAAGUAUUAUCAUAGUUUAAUUUUCUGUGUUGGGUAAUAAAAUGUGGACAUCAUCAGGAUUUUUUUUAACAUGAAACAUCUACAGAAGUUCCAAAUAUCUCCUAGUUUUAGUUUUUUUCAAUACCAUGUCUUGCACCCUGUAAAUAGAGAUAAUAAGGGCUAUAUGUGGUUUUAUGGCUGAAUUCCAUUUUAAGAUAUCUACAACUCAUUGCAUUUACUCUCUCAGACAGUGAAACAAGUUUAAAGUGAUACUUAAAGUCUCUACCCUGGUGAGUGUCCAUCUUGAAGUUCUUAGUGGUUUGAAUUGAUUUAAUAUGGUGAAUAUGCACCAGCUUUUCAUGGAUUAUUUAUAACCAUUAAUGGGAACUGAAUGGAUUGCUUAUUCUCAGGAAAGUGGCUAAGUACAUUGUACAGAGGUGCAUUCCUUAGAACCCUAUGCCUACUAUACAGUACUUUGAGAGCCUCUAUAUUGUACUCCCGAAGACUCCAACUUGAUUUCAGAGGGUAGAUACUAUUUUUGGAACAAAACUUUUCAGUAAAUUGACUGCAGGGGUUUCUUUUCAUGUCAAGAUUUGAAAAACAAAAAUAUAUCAAACCAUAUGAUGUGUUUGGGAGAUUACAAAAAAGUCAUAUACAGUUAGUUUACUGCAAAAUCAUAACCUCAUGGCAGUGAAAUGCUGUAAUCCACAAGAGAACAGUCAUAAUUGAUAAGAAAGGGACCUCUCUGCAUUACGAAGACUUACUAUAAUGUCUCUGUACCAAAGGAUCUUAUUUAUCUCCAAUCUCCAAGUUCAUGAGCUGCUGCAUAUAUUGUCAAAUGAAAGUACAAAACGACAUUGGGUAUGUAAGAUGGGAACUCUAAGGCAAUUUAGCAAUGUAGCUGUUGCCUGUAUGAUUUUUCAAAUGAUUAUUUACAGGGAUAUUCUGGCGUAAAAUUAAGUUAGGGUCAAACACAGUGUAACUCUGAGUAUGACAUCCCCUGGAGAGAUGAAUGUUGCUGACCGCUUGCUUCUGUAGUUAUACCAACUUUAGUAACGACCGCACAUUAGCAAUACAGAGAGCGACGUGCUCAACCAAAAAGCCACUCUAUGGCCACAAAUAAUGCUUAGAACAGCACCUAACUUCAUCAACAGUACAUAUAGGGUCCUAGCCAUAGUACUAGCCACCAAAUAUCUUCUUAGCUUCGCCUGAUUUCUUUAGCAAAGAGACUAAACAGGGCUCACCUACUCUCUUCCAGCAGCUGCUUGUUUGUAAGGAGACCUCAGGCGAGUCCAUCGACUGCAGCGGGGUGACACAGAUCAAGGAAGAACAUAUAUGACAAAGCUAAGAAGAUGUUUGGUGGCUAGUACUAUGGCAAGGACCCUAUUUGUACUGAAGUUAGAGGCUGUUCUGAGCAUUAUUUGUGGCUAUAGAGUGGCUUUUUGGUUGAGCGCGUGGCUCUCUGUAUUGCCAUCAAGCAGUCGUUACUAAAGUUGGUAUAACUACAUAAGCAAGCGGUAGUAGGCAACAUUUAUCUAACUCAGUGUUACGCUGACCCUUACUUCAUUUGACGCUGGAAUAUCCCUUUAAGUUCUUAUUAAAUGUGUUGGUGUAAUUGUAGGCCUACAUCAUCAUUAUGUGUAAUUUUGUUCUAUGCAUUUAAAACUGCCUGACUGUUAUUUCUGCAUGGCCCUCUUAUUAGAGCUUCACCUGCUCUUUAGUGAAACACCAAUAGAACAUUUUCAACAACUCUAAAUGGACAGAAUUAAUGAAAGACAAACAAACUUUCCCCUAACAUCACCAUAAGUAUAUCACUGAUUUUAACCUGAACAUUCACUUCUGAUGGUUCCCUUACAAUCACCUAAGUGACCCUGUGCAGCAUCCCCUCCCUCCCGUGCCAGCAUCACUCCGCUCGUACACGCUGUCCUCAAAACCUCCCGCGGCAAGUCCCGCAUCGGUCUGUGUGUGCUGAGCUGACAAGUAGAAGGAGGAGGAGGAGGACGAGAAGGAGGGACCUAGCUUCUGGUGUUAGGGGGGCUGGCAAACAUUUAUACGUGCGGACCGUGCAGACUGCCAACCUCGACUCUCUUUGCCAACGACGGGAUUUUCAGGGGGAAGUCACGACGAGAAAGCCCACGGGAUCCCUACCUCCAUACUGCUUGUGUGUUUCCUCCUAUCCUGGUCAGAUCUAGCGAGGUCCCUGUUCACGAAAGCCCCGACAGUCGUCAACAUCAUAGGCGGGGUGUUGUGUGAUGAGGUCGCCCUGCAGCGGCAGCAGCGGUUUGGUCAAUUUACGUUGAGACAAAAGACGAUUUUUGUUGCCAGGACAGGCUUCUCCUUCUCUCUGGGUCGAUUUUUUUCGCUUGCCAGAGACCUUCAGCAUCUCCAGUUCUUGAAGGAAAUCAGCAGAGGAUCAUACUAAAGGGGGAAAUCGCCGGUGAGUAGAUGGUGCUGCGUUAAACCCUCACCGUUAACUGUUAUUUCAACCGUGCUUGGCAACAGAGGCUGAUGCCGCCGCCGCAUUUCCACUUAAAUAUCAUCCCACCGUUUCUCAGGUUAACUAGUUUAGCCUGUCACUCUAUGUACAAUGUAUAUUGACUUUGCACACCGACAUGCAUAUCUGUAUGAACUGGCUUAACAAUACUCUAAAAGUGUCUUUUUUUGGAUAACGUUAAGCAACGUUACGGUUACGGUUAGCCGUUAAUGCUGCUAGCUUGCGAGCCCACGCCCAGCUGAAACGUUAGCAAGAACCACACCAGGAGUUGGCUCACCUUAGUUGUAGCAUUAUGAUGUUACCUUCACCCUUAUUGAGAUAAAAACGUGCAAAAUCAUUACAGCUGGCUGUCAUAAGAGUAAAUAGCUCUACAAAAGUAAUCUAGCUCAGCUCAGUUGUGUCAUAUCACCUGUUUAAGAGCUAAUAUCCAGCCUUUAUCAUCAUACCAGUGCUUUACAGUGAUGUAGCAGCCGUCGUGAUUUAAAGCUAAGGUCUUUCACUUUUAUCCACACAGCAGUGACCAUUGUGAAAACGCGUGGUGAGGAAACAGUAGGGCUUUUCUCUGUGUUUCCGUCAACACUGGCAGCAUUGUGUGGGCUGUGACACGCCUGAGCUAAAACACGCUAAUCCAUAGAGAGGGGUUUGGCUGACAGCAGUCCAAUUAUGAGCCUGAAUAGAUUGUAUUUCCAAGAAAACCGCAGCGUGUGGUUGCCAGUUUGAUAAAAGUCUGCAUAAGAAUAAAGCAGCAUUGUUUUCUAACAGAAAUAUAGCGACCGGCCUUAAUGUUAUGAACACACAGACAUCCUCAUGAAACUUAAUACAAUACCUCUACCCUAAAUUCCAAUUUUAAGUCUUUUGUUGACAUGAUGUGGCAGGUGAUAACUUGUUAAAUAAUUGUCAAGAUUGUAGUCGGUGUUUUUACUGUGCUUGAGUGUUUUAUAUUGAAAGAUGUUUCUCAUACUUGGUGCCUCUAUGUUUUUUAAUGCAGUAGAGUUAGGGCUGGGCGAUAAAACGAUAACAAUAUAUUAAUUAAUGGUCAAUUUCCUUUUUGAUAGUCGGCAUUCUAGCAUAUUUUGGUAGACUAUAUGAAUAGCCAAUGAAAAGAGGAGUUGCUAUAGGUCCGCUUCGCGCUGAACCAAUCAUGUGCUGAAUUAGAACCAAGUAGCAAACAACUGCGUAGUAGUAGGCUGCAGCUACACGCAACCAUAGCACUUUAAGACGUGACGCCGACAAAUUAUGUCGAGUACAUGUUCUCGCAAAGUCGGGGAAUACCUCAAAUCUUUUUCACCACCUGAAGCAGUGCCACGCAGCAGAGCACGCACAAUGCAAAAGGUUACAAACUCUGAGCGGAGCAAGGAGCCCAUGGCGCCUGUGUAGCUGAAACAGCCGACCAUUCAGACGGCUUUCUCUAGCGCAUGCCGUACGACAAAACGUUGAAGAGACACAAAGACCUUAUAGAUGCAGUAGCUUAAUGUAUUGCAAAAGACAUGCUACCAAUAAGCACAGAUAAAUUUCAUUUUUUUACAUUGUGAUAUAUAGAUAUUGACUGAUAUAAAAAUAUAUAUAUUGUGAGGAACUUUUUCCCAUAUCGCCCUGCCCUAAGGAGGGAAGACUAAAUAUAAGGUACACCACACCACCACCACCGCCCUCUACAUCAUCAUUAUUAAUCAUCAUAUGUGAUAAUGAUGCAUCAUGUACAUCAUUAUCACAACAAGUGGUGGCCUGCAUCAUAAGUUGUGAAACUGUGAGCAAUGACCCUGACUUCUCUGUAAACAUGAGUGAACAUCGUGUCUGGAAAGGCCUCUCAACCUCCCACUUUUUGGGUCCUUCCUCAGCUGACCUAUCAAAUAAGGUCAGAAAUGCAUGUCUGUACCUCCUGGCCAAAUUUAGGAAAAAUUAAUCAAAAGUUCUUAAAUAAGGCAAGAAUCUCAUCAAGGCACACAGUAGGCACUGAUUAAAACUUUCUGUGGCGUAAUGAGACUAUUGGCAGAAACUAGAAACUACAUUAAAUGGUACAUAAAAAAGGGAUGAACAAUGAAAUUCUGGGCAAACAGUAAUGUGCAAAGAUGAUAUUUGCUCAAAGCUAAGACGUGAGUUGUUGUGUUCCUGUUCCUGUGUGAAAUGUCCCUUAUCAGAGGUCACUUAACCUCAUCUUACUCAUUUUGUCCCUGAAUGCUCCUAGAAAUGUUGUAAACUUCCAUUGGGUCAACAUUUUCUUUAACUUAUAUUUGAAUACAAACCACAUGUGCGCACUGCUUUGCGUCAUUCUGGAGUACUUUCCAGCAAGGAGCUUUUUUUUUUUUUCAAAUCAGCAGCUAGGUUUGCCAGCAACUGUUGUAGGAGCUGAAAAGUAGAUGACUGAUAAAGCAUGUCCCCAAAGAAACACAUGGGACAUAGAUCGGACAUCGUUUUCCAUCUCAUUGCAGAUAGAUAAAUGAGAUUCAUUAUGGCAAAACAGUGCAACGCAGUACUGAUUUUAGGCUCAUAAAUGCAUUAUUAUUAUUAUUAUAAAUCUACACAUUACUAGUCUUUAGUUGAUUGCACCAUAGCUGUAGCUGACUGAUAGAUUCCAGUAUGACUGAUAUGCAGCAAUGGUAAUCAGUCAUUCUGUGUAACUCAUAGGUUUUGUCACUUACUGAAGUAGAGUGAGUUUAAUUUGAGGAUAACAUUGUAGGUUCAGCAUUGGGUUUCUGCUACAGCAAGGCCUGUAAAGGUAUUUCCAUGGCAGUGCUAAAGGGUCUUAAAAUAGUGCAGGAAAAUAGCUGUGUAAAUUGACACCAGAUAUUGCCACAUAUAACACCUUGUGUGGCAGAAGGGUUCACUGGUACUGGAGCUACUUAACGCUUAACAUCCUAAUACAAAGGUUUCAGUCAUUGACCCUAAAGGAAACAUAAUGUUGUGCUGACUAGAUGAAAACCAGUUGUGUAAUUUCCUACUCAUGAGGAAAAUAGCAUUAUGAAGUAUAGAGAGCUGAUUCCAGGACACUGGUUGCUCAUAUUUAGGUCAGAGGUUAAAUGCCAUUUCAAGUACACAUUACGUAAUACACUAUAGAGCGGCUUAUGUCUCAUUGCAACCCACAAAGCUUGAAAAAACACUCCACAAACUCACUCCUUAAUCCAGGAACUUUCCUCUUUGUAACACAGUGUUGCCUUUUACUUCUCUUACUGGUGGCUAAUUAUAACUUGUCAAAUUACUUGUAGAGACUUGAUAAACCAUAAACAUAUCCAUUGGGUAUUUGUGAGUGGCCUGGGCAUUACAAAGUAGAGGUGGGACAAAGUUUCAGUAUGGUAGUAUAUUGUAAUUUUGACAUGUGUAGUAUGAGUAUCAAUAUGCUGGGGCUAAAUAUCAAUUAUUUGAAUUGAAUACAUACAGCAAUAUAAAUAGCUUACAAUCAUUGAUCAUUUAACAAUAUGCUUUCAAACACGAAAUAUAUGAAGUAAUAAUUAAAAGUAAGGAAAAGAAGAAAUGACUGUCAGUUUUUUUACCCUUGAAUUGCUGUGUUGGAAUUUGUCAAAGUUUCUGAACUUGACACCUUUGUGUCCCAUCUUUUUUCUUUAGUUGUUUUGUUCAUCUGCUCCAGGUCAGUAGCUGAUAACCUCCAGAGUUGAUAUGACUUGUAUUUGGUUCAAGUUGUUUUCAUGUUUCAGCUUGACUUACUCAUGCUCACAUGACUGCAGGUUUUAUUUAGAGUGACUGUGACCCUGCAAUUUGUAGACCAAGGGUCCUGUUCCCCUAAAGUAGGUAACGAUGAAAGUAGGGCACAUGGCAAUGGUCGUACCAUGAUUUAAAAAAUCAUUAACAGGGAUAGUGACGCUUUUAUUUUUGAGUCAAAUCACUCACCAUGAUAGUUUUGCCAAGUAUGAGCAGCUGCUGACCAAACAGAAGAUACAAGCAUUCAAAAAAUAGGUUAUAAGAGUGGAAAAAAGCAGGUCAGACAGAGAUGGUUAAUUAGAAGACAUUCGACCUAGAAGUUAAAAGGUAACACCUCAUGUGAAAAGUACUGGGCGUGUAGUGGGGACAUGAGUGCUUGGGGACAGCUGUGUGUGUCAGUUCCUCUUGUUUGUGUCAGCUUGUGUUACUGACAGAAUCUGCUCAGGAACGACUGGCUUCAAUAAAAGGGUGAGCAGAUAUAGGUCAAAAUUAACUUUUUUACUUUUGGCCUAUGAUCUCAGUGAAUAAUUAAACCUAUCAUCUUCUCCAAGCAAAACAUAGACUCUUAAUUUGUGAUAUUUUUCCAUCUGUGCCAUUCACUCAUUAUGGUCUGAGGUCACUGCCAAUUUUCAGCUGUUAGUUAGGUGCUUUUUCUAUAACUGCUCAUUCAAAAUGUGGUAUAAAAACUCUUUAUCUAUCAAUAAUGCAAACUUUGAUGCUGUGUUUGUCUUACAAAUCAGAGGUUUGAUUAUAGGAGUUUCAAACAGCAUACCAUAACCGAAUACUUUUCAAAACCCAACCUUCUCCCAUAAUACAAAUACAUGUAUAUUUUCAGAGCUAAGAAAAGAUAAUGUGGGGGGAAUGUUGGGGAAUCUAAAGACUCCAGGAUACUGCUGUUUUAAUCAAAGUGGGGUAUUAAUGUCCCAGGUACAGCUUCUCUGCAGUGUAACAGGAAGGCGUAAUGGUGGGACAUAAUUGUCCCCGCUGUAAUCCUCCCUCUGAGGUAGUGAUAAAGGUGGAAUGAGGGGAAGAUGGUGUCUGUGUGUAGCAUCAGAGCUGGCAGGACAGUCCUGUGUGUAUUUGCAUGUCUGUGUGUGCAUAUGGCGCUUCCAUUGCGUCUUCACAAGCCACAUGUCUUAUCCACCUGCAACACUUUUCUGCAAAGUGAAAUCACACACUGGGGCACCAGUAUUACAUCGUUUAGGGUUUCCCAUGUGUAAGCAUAUCAGUGUAGUGAUUACGGAACUUCGUUCUGGUGCUGUUCAUCUUAAGUGUAAGACACUUCAGAUGAACUGUGUACUGAAGAUCAACCCUGAGAACUACAUACAGUCAUUGCUUGCUGAAGAGACAUAUGCUGGCUUGCAGUUUGUGUAGGAAAUCAUAUAACGGGAAUGGACACUUUAAUUGAGAACUAACUGAGGGUCAUUUUCUCUAGGUUCUGGUCAACUAACAUACAGUUUUGAUCAGACCACUCAAAGUCGAUUAUCUCACUUUAGUGUAGCUCUUGGCAGCUCAUAACCUAACAUCCUCUGUUGAUGUCUGCUGUAAAGUCACGUUUGACACUUUUUACAACAGACCCCUGCCUGAGGUAAACAUCUGUUGCUCUAGAAACCAGAUAUAUCAUUGUCCUAUGCUUUGUAGAACAUGCCAAUAUGGAUGCAUGCUUUGUGAUAUAAUCUAAACACAGGUGUUAGUUGGCAAAUUCAACAUAAGUCACACUGUAGAAUUAUAUCAGGAUGACCAAGUCAUUUCCCCUCCAGUCCCAUGCCCUGCACUUCUCCAUAACUGGAGUUAUACUUACAAUGACCUACUUACAGCAGAACUUGGCCCAACUUUGGAAAAACAAGAUUUGUGAUCCACUUUUGAGGCAUCCAAGUGGAAACUGUUGGCUACCUUCAUAAGGAAUGGGAUGCAUCGUCAUAAACAUCAUCUGCUUAAUUGUCCUUUGAGGUUAAAUGAUACAAAUCUGAAUUGUUCGACAGUUUAAACAGAGAAAAUAUUUUUAAAGCCUCUACGCCCAUGUCUGACAGCUAGUCCAAUUGUAUGCUUUGUGGCUGACCUGUUCUCCCCUUUUUUUCUGUUGAGAGAAUGAUGUAACAACAAGCCCCUCCAAAACAUAGUGAGGAGAAGUCGUCAUGUUUUUAUGUGUGAUCGGCCAUGUGAAAGGCCAGUGAAACCCUCUUAUAUAAAUGGGAGCAUUUCAUGUACCACAGCCAGCACAUUUUGAAGAGUCCCUCUCUCUGCCUCUGAGGCCCGGGUGUUUGUUUCUGCCCUUUGGCAUAUUAAGUUUCAGAUGUGCAAAUCUCAUGGCCAGCCACGCUGCUUGUGGAAAUUUCCACUACACAUUUGGAUAGCAUCUUGAGGAUGUGAUGAUGUGGGCUGAUCAUGAGCAUGAGGAGCUCCUGCGUUAAGCUGUAGUCUGGGAGCAGCUUUUGAAGGGAAUUUUAUAUACGAAAGGUUAAUAAAUGCCUGAAGGUUGCAUAGAGACAAUUUUGGGAUGGAAUUAUCGAGGUUUGUAAAAACACAGGCGUACUGAAGGUAGCUUCUUUGAUUAAGACUUUGGUUGCUUUGUCUAAUGGGGAAAACAAACCAAUGACAGUAGUUCUCAAAAGCUUCCCAAGACUUUAAAACAUUUCAAAUAAAUGGAAAAAGUCCUCAGUCUGGUCUGUACCUCCUUUGUACACGUGAUGUGUCUACAAAUGUUUAAGUCACUAUUGAUUAUAAGUGAGGGGAGGGCUGGAGGAAGGUUGAUAAGUGGAAGUGACAUGUUCAUUAUGUUGACUGAGCUUUACAGUUAUCACAUUGUAUGAUGAAUUAGUUACGUAAUCGUCAAGCAAAGAGAGAAAGAGGCCCCUCUCCUCAAAUGUUUUGAAGGUUCUGAGUUUGUUGGAAACGUUUACAGUCUGAAAUGAACCCGUUAGAUGGUUGAAUUUAGGCAGUAUGGUUUAAGGGGUUGUUUUUUUUUUUACUUAACUUUACUUAACUGUUACUGGCAAACAAGAGGGGGAAAAACUUUAACAUCUUAAGCUCUGGUUCAUGUGAUACUGAAAAGGUGGGAUGUUUUGUUAAAUAAGCUUUGUCCUGUGAGCUACUGGGGAUAUUUGUUUUUUUGUCCUAAAGAUGUCUGCACACUUUGGUCGACAUGACACAGAUCAAAAUGAAACCGUUUGGUUACCAAUUAAGUCAAGACUCAUUGCCCAAGAACGGCAGAUUCCUCAGGAAGUGUUUGUGGUUGUAGUCUGGGUUAAUAAAUACUCAGAGGAAAUGGCUGAUAGUAGUGAAACUUUCACAGAAAUUGAAAACUUUUCCAUGACACUUAAGGUAACCAUGCAAAAUGAAUGCAAAGAGGGAUUUGCAUUCAUGCUCAUGUGCUUUGAAAGGGAAAGGCCAGUUGAAUAUGUCUGAAUUAGAGAAGCUCAAGCACUGGGAUUCAGAGGGGGAGUGCAAAUCACAUCUGCCCAUUUUAACCUUGAGAGGCUUUUUACUGACAAGUCAAUACUUUGACUUUUUACAGUAGAGCUCAUUUCUAACUGCUUUGCACCAUUUGCUGCAUAGUGUCUCUGCUUCCUAACCAGACAGACGCAACCAAAAGUAUACUCACUGAAGCAUGCACUGCAGGUUUGGCUUUUGUCCUGCGAGUAGGCCCUUCAGUCUCUAAGAGCGAGAGGGGCAUGAGAUAUUUUUAGAUGCUCAGGAUGGGAUGUGCUAAGCCUGAAGUGUGGUUAGUCUUUAACGUCACGGCUGGGGUUUUGUACAAAUGGAUAACUCAAACUUUGCCUUUGUGAUAUGUAGGCUGCAUACUGGCUGCCAGAAAAGCCGCAAUAGGCCUUGGCAUUGAGGCAGUGAGUGUUGAGCUAAACUUGAAAGACUAACACGGUUCUUUGAAGUCAUCGCCCCUCAUGGAGCGUUUGAUGGUGGUGGUGGUGGCAGCGGAGAGUGUUGCUUGACACAUGAGUCAAAGAAGUUCUAAAUUCAUAAAACGGAUCUUUCCAAUAUUUCUUAAUCUAAACUCCUGCUCUUAAACUUCAACCAUUUUGUCAGGUCUUUGUAAAUUAUACUUAGUUUAUAGACCAUUGCUUUCACGUGUCAUUUGUCUUUUAUGUGACCAUUUUGCAGGAUAGGUAAGCGCCAUGUGCCAGGAGUAGGAAUCAUGUAGAUACAAUAACGUACAAUUCAUAAUCAGUUUAUUAGGUUACAGGAUAACAAAAGCGUGAGGAUGAAGAUCAUUGAAAAGACAGUUUUCUAACUAUAACCUGAAGGGAUGGACAAUGAAUUAUUAUUUAGGAUUUAUCAUCACAAAAAUCCUCCAUGAUGAAUAUUAAACUUUCCUUAAACAUUAGGGGUUAAAUGAGUGAAGAGACAGUGGCAAAGGGAAAGCCUUAUGAGAACUGAGAGAGUACAAGAUUUACUCUGUAAGGAACCCUUUAAAGCCUGUUUUUUCUCAAUCUAAGCUGAAUUUAAGAGUGAACUUCAACAUCCUGAAUUCAUGGUAGCUAAAUGACCCACAUGUCUGUUCAACAGCUGUGUAACAGUGAACUUUUGGUUUCUCUUUGCACUCCUCAAGCUGCCUCUGGUGGGGGAAUUCCAUAGCAGUGCAGUGGAGUAGUUCAAGUUCAUCACCACAAUAUUAGAUGAAUGUAUUAUAGAAAAUCAAACCAUCAUUAUUCAUUAUAUGAAUCGUAAUCAAAUGGGAAGGAGAGUUUUGCUUUAGUGAAUGCAGUUUGUUUUAGCAGCAUAUAGCAGUGACAAACAUCUCAUUGAAACUUUUCAUUACCUUUCAUGGAAGAGCAUGCAUUUUUGUGUGUUUAGAAAACAAGCAGAGAUUGUUGCAGUUAAGAGCAAGAAAUCAGAGUCCAGGGCUGAAGAGGUCCUCAGUUGGACAUGUGUUUUGAACAGGAGGAGAAAAGGCUGUGAUCCAAACAAGUCAACAGGAGGCGACCCACUAACACGACACUCAAGGACCAGCUCAUGAUUUAGCUUGAGGGCUUUUGCAUAAACACCACUGAGUGUGUUUGCCACUCAUCAACCAUGGUUCACACCAGUUCUUAUUUUUUUAACCAUCUACAGUCAAGUCUGAUAAAAGAUAAAUAUAAUACUGUGAUACACAAGUUAUCUUUUUAUUUCACUGAAGCUUGAAUGUACAGGACACAAUGAGUUAAGAGAAAAGAGGUACUGCUUAUUCUGAAAGGGUGCCAGAACCAAAACCUCCGCAAUUUCUCACAGGACCUUCAAGACCAUGACCAAAAGUAUUUUUUGACAUUUCUUCCUCAUCCUGAACACCGCAGCACAUGAGUUUUUCAUUUGUGCAUAGUUAAGUGUCGAGCUGGGAGCCAGAAUCCCAUCCUUAGUGCCCUGGGGUAGGAAUGGGAAUUGUUCAGCUGUAUUAAAACCACUGCCACUCCAAGUCUUCUUAUUGAUCCAGUUCUUUAUUGAAGCUCUUAUCAAUUCCUGUAGAUUCUUAAUGUGGAGAAGAGUAGGUAGGUCAGCUGCAGUGAUAGAUAGAUAGAUAGAUAGAUAGAUAGAUAGAUAGAUAGAUAACAAUGAGGGGGGGUGGUCACCAUCAGUUCUUGACCAUCAGACUGUCUGGCUGAUGAGUCUGCCCCUGGGGUUGCAGUUUCGGCAAAACAUGUCAGAAGUUCUCUCUUCUCUGAAGUCUCUGUUCUCAUUUUAUUAAACACUAUGAAAGAUAGGUUGUUGGUUUGUUGGUCUAAUAUGUGUACGUAAGCGUGUUGACAGCGUGUUGUUGCUGUUCUUUGUGUAAAGAAAAAGAGGCAGAAGAAUAUCAAAUGUCAAUCUUAACAGCCCUGUUCUGUGAUAUUAUCAGCCAGUGGCUGUCUAGUCGAUCCUCACUGAGCUCUCUGCUCACAGCGACUGUGAAUAUUCUCUGGAAUCAUGUCAUAAGAGGAUUUUUGAGGACAAUGCAGAGAGCUCUGCUAUACCCUUGACACCGAAGAUGGACUGCGAGGCACAUAUGGUGUUUUCAUAAGCAGCAGAGGGUGUUCAGUGGCCUCAACAGAACUAACAAAACUUUCCUCUUUCUGUAGGAGUUAGGAAGAAUGAAUCUCUUGGUGUUUAGAGAAGGAGGAGGUUACAGGACGAGGUUCCCAAAGGAGUAAAGUUAUUCCUGUCCUCCCCUCCCCCACUCCUGUGGGUGGGCAAAGACAUGUCUAGUCAUGUCCCUUUGGUAUAUUGUAUAAGAGCUCUUGACCGUUAGAGCCUUGUUGGUGAAACUUGGAUUUCAUGAAUCAGUUUUUGUUUUAAAGCAAGUUUCUUGGUGUUCUCAUCCAAUAUGAGCAAGUGUGCUGUGAAACUGAGAGUGUUAUCCUAAAUUGUAAAACGAGAAGCAGAACCCUCUCUCUGUGGACACUCAUUCUGUUUAUAAAAAAAGGCUGUAUAAUGUUGUACGAACCAGCCUCCAGCUUAAAUGAAAACUAUAGAUCACAACUAACAGAUCAAAAUCAUUAGAAUUGUCUGUUGUGAAUGCAUGUUGUUUAUGUAGAGCGUUUAACCACCACAGAUCAAAACCCUUUUCUCACCAAUCCUUUCCACGUGUACUCGAGCAGCCACGGUUCCCCUGAAAGGCACAGUGCCACAACACAGUUGUGUGUCUCAGAGAAGGCACGUGCUACAUCUUUCUUAACACUUUGGGAUUGCAUUGGAAAGGUUUGCUUUGUACAGUUGGGGUAAAUGCAUCCAGAAAUUAACUGACUAUGGCAAGUUUUUAAAUAUAAAUAUAACCGCUGAAGUCGAAACCCUGACUCAGGCACCUGACUCACUCCAAUGCCACUCUUUGUCUCCUGUGAGAGUUGCCUCUUGACAUGCAUUGCACAAUUGUCCUGCUCUCAGAGUUUUGAGUGUCUUACCAGCUUCAGUGUUGUACAUCAGCUGUGCAGACAGGGUCAUUGAAUCCAUAGGGAGGGGGGUGAUUAGUUAGAAAUGGCUUGAAAUGCGUAAUUCUCUUCAACUAUCUGCACCUUAUUUUAAUGAUAUUUUAAUGUUUAAGCCCAGUAAACUUCUACUUUGGCUAAGAGAGUCAAAUAAUGGCAUAAGUCUCCACUCAGGGCUAUUACUCAGUUUAUGAGAGUGCUGUAAUAGCUAUUUUUAAACAGAAGUACUCUGAAGAGAGGUGUAACAGGUCUGUGUUUCCUCCUCAGCUCAAUGUUUCUUCUUUGUCUUGUGGAGAUGUUUUCUUCUUGGAUUUUUAUCUAUGUUGAUUGAAGUUCUUGCAAUAUUUCAAUAUUUUCUGUGGCAUAUUAAUUAGGGGUGGGAGAAAAAAUCAGUACAGCAUAGUAUCGCGAUAUUUUGUUUGGUGACGUAUUGUACCGUCUCAUUUUCUAAGUAUCGAUUUUUCAAAUUAAUUGCUAAUAUGAAGUCAAAUCAGUGAUGACUGAAGAAAUAAAAUCAACUGUUUGUCCAGUGAGGUUGGCAGAGGAGACAUCAUAGAGCAGGAGAAAGUUAGUAUGACAAACAUAUAUGUAAGGUUUGCAAAAUGUGCUACAUGAAAAUAAAAUACUGCGUAAAUAAUACAAAGAGGAAAAUGCUAAAUUAGCUUAACAGUUGAAAAAAUUGUAUAAAUCGCAAUAUAUUGUAUCGCAAUACUUUCUGUAUUGCAAAAUGUUAAAAAUUGCAAUAAUAUCGUAUCGUGGCCCAAGUAUCGCAAUAAUAUCGUAUCCACUAGUGAUUCCCACCCAGAAUAUUAAUGAGCAUACACCCAAACAUGUCACCUAAAGUUAGGCCUGUUUGCAUCCUUAUAACCACAACACUUUCAUUUAACAGUAAACAUAAAUCAGAAACCUGAAAAAUGUUACACUUUAUAUCGAAAGCGAAACUUACACGUUUAAGGGGAAUUCGAAUUUCAGUUUUAGUUUUCCUGCCCUGUUACCAGUUCUUUCUUUGUUUUGUAUACAAACUGUGCUUAAGUGUGUGUUAGUACUAACACCUUCUUUGUCUCUUUUCAUCUAGACUAUCCAUGAGCUCCGAUUUCCCGCACUACAGUUUCAGGAUGCCAAAUAUAGGGUUCCAGAACCUUCCCCUCAAUAUCUACAUUGUGGUGUUUGGGACCGCCAUCUUUGUUUUCAUCCUCAGCCUCCUCUUUUGCUGCUACAUAAUAAGGUAAGAGAAAUGCACUUUUAAUCUCCAGACUUGGACAUGCUAAGGCGUUGUGUUGUUUGGUGUUGCUUUGCUGUAAGUGUUUGUGACAGUAAGUGUCAUACAGCAGUUUUUUGGCAAGGAAACAUAGUCUGUUUUCUGGGUGCAACAUCUCAACAAAAGUUGUUUCAGAAUUAGUUUUGUACUGAUUAGACACUUAAAGCAAAAAUAUAACAGUUUCAAGAAAUUGUGGCAUUGCAAUAACAGCACACUGAAAGGUGUUAUUUUGAAAUGUCUGGGACUCUGGAUAAAAUACAACAUUAUCUUUUUAUUGCACACAGUCUUUUAUUUUCAAACAAAACAGAACAUUGGGAACAUUUGUUUUCAUGAAUAUUAAGUUAAAACAAGAACAAUUGAUAGAUUUUAUCUAAAUAUUCAUACACUGCAUCUAUUUUUUUUCUGACUACCUGGGUGAUCAGUCCUGCCCUAUGUAGUUUAUAAUUGGUUGGCUGAAGCAGCGACACGAGUAACAUGUUAAACAGUACAGGCUUGUGAUAUACAGAGCACUCUGAGUGCCCUGUAAAAGUCACUGCAACUGUUUCUCUGUGUGCUCACAAACUUUUUAUGACACUGCCCGGUCUUUGGGAACAGGUCUAGAAAAAGUUAAAUUGAGUUAGUGUGCGAGCUAAUUACAGCUUGCGGACUAACAUAUCACCCCACAGUUUCUCUGUUACAUGCACCUCCUCUAACCUGAUCCAAAUAGCCGACAACAAGUUACACAAUGCAUCCUUUAUGAUGCAUAUUUACUGCUAACAGUAACUGUGUUUUUGGAGGGGCAAAGAUGUAGUUUUAGGAUAUAUUUAAAAACAAAUAAACUUCUAAAAGUUCAAAUAAAAGAGAUGGCUAAUUAUGCUUCAUUCGAGUUACCUCAGUAGUCAGAUGUCCGAGAUGGGAAUGACGUCACACCUGAAAGAUAUUUUAGCGCUUGCCUUGUCCGAAUAUAAGCAAGGACAAGGGAAGCGCUAAAAUAACUUUCGUAGAUGUAGCCAUCUUGUUUCCGCCUCCGAUUUUGCUUUUCGUCUGACUCGGUUACUGAGACGCUGGUUACUCAGGUGCGUCCUCAUUUUCAGCUCCGACAUCUGACUUCCGAGGUAACUUGAACGCAGAAUUAGUCCUGGACACUCGACCGAAAAUUCCAUUUGAAAUUCAGAGAGCUUUGUCCAAAAAAGGCUCUGUGGUGUAAAAUAGCUUUAAACAUCCUGUACUUCUAUGAGCAAGUAGAGUGAAGAAGAUACCACUAUUUAUGUGAUCCUUUGAUCUCAUGUUUCCAUCCAACAAACUGUAUGGCACUUGGUCACAGUGGCUUCUUUCCAUGGUUGAAUUGUAAGAGUAAUUGUUUUCCUCUCUUUUAUUUUUCUUUUGUUAAGAAAGUGUUACUUUGUGUUUCUCUAGCUGAUUGUUAGAGAUGAGAACAUUUUUCAACAGCACAGUUUGGAGAAGGUUGCUUUGAUUCUACAAUUGGCAAAAUUUCUAACUGAACAGUCCGCAGAAAUAUUCCAAGGCUGUCAUCCACAGCUGCUUAUCUACAUUUUUUAUGAUCAUGGCACUUUGCGUCAAAGAGAGUAGGCUUAGGUUUGUUCUUGCUCUGAGGAGCCAUUGUGUUUCUUUUAUGCUCUCCACACAUUCUUAAUAAGACCAAAUGAACUUUAAGAUAUUUAUUGGAUUUACUUUUGGUUGCUCAUUUCAGUUUUUCUUUUGCAACAAUUACUAUUCUCUGGUUGAAGUGUUUUUUAGGUAGAGUAUGUGUUUAUAUAAAUUACAUCUAGUGUAUAAACCAGUGACUGAUUCCCAUAAAGGAGAAGUGGAAAUUGUUACUAGUCAUCUUCAUGCCCUUUUUAACCCCAAUGGUUUAAUUUAGUUGUCCCUGCUGCUGCUGCUGCUGGGUUUUCUCCCAGCAGCAAUGAAGUGAGCAAAAAUGAUGUCCACCAUUUUUUUUAUCUAAGACAGCCAGAAGCAGCAGUUUCCAACAAAUUCACCCCUCGCCACCCUGUCCUAUCCUAUCUUGCAGGGCAAAUGGUAAGUAGGUAAUACUGUGUUCCACCUAUUCCUCAUUUAACAAAAACAAACUUUGAUGCAGUACCAUGAUUAAAUACUGAGAGUCAAGGUUGCCAAGUUUGUCACGAAAUGUAAAAAGAGCGAUUUUGCUCUAUAAAAGGCAUCUAAAGAUGCAGUCUCCCAAAGGACUUCCAAUGCAUGCACCGUCUUGUAUGACUCGUAUAGAUCAAGUUAAAAGUUUUAUUGACAUACUACAUUGAUUUUGACAUGUUACAGAUGUUAUGCUACAGCUCAGUUUGAUGUAUAACUUGAGUUUUUGUGCAGUAAGCAUCUUUGCUAAUGUUUACACAGACAGGUGAAUAAGUGCACUGAAGAAUUUCCUUUAGUGUUGACGUGUGACAACAAGCAUUCACAUUCACACACACGGACACCAGUCAGAUUCUCACAGAAAUACGCAACCAUCUCAGUCAGUGGAUCUUCACAGCACUCACACACGCACACACAAGUGUGAAAUGUGCGGCACACUUUGCAAAGACUGGCAAGUAUGUCUUGACCACAAGGUGUUACUUAAAGCUAGUGUUCAUGAAUGUUUAGCAAGCUGAUAUGCUAAAAGGCAAAUCCCACAAUCCCACAGAGAGUCAUUUAGAAACCUGUUUGACAUUUUUCAGUCAGUUAUGGACCACCACUACCCUUUUCAUCUGACGUCACUCUAAGUGGUUGAUCGUUUGACUAAAGCGUAGAUAUUCCUCAAGAAUAUCUUGAUCAUUAUCUUUUGUGCCUGCCAACUGAUUUAGGAGCAGUUCAAUGAUAACCAUUUGAACAGAUGUUCAGCUCUUCCACAGUGAUGUCAGAGGGAAAUAAAUGCUGAAAAUAAAUGCCAAAUUCGCCUUGCCUUCUUUGACGUUAUACUUACUGGCCACUUAGCAAGUAGCAACCCACGUCAGUCACCCCACAACCCCAACAAAUGGUCCCCCCACCCUUGGGAGUCUCUGCACCUUUUCCUGCUGACCUCUUUGAAAAUGUCAGUUUCUCUCCUAGACUGUGCUGCUUGUUUUACAGAUCCCUCUCACUCUGCUGCGAGAGGUUAAGGUUACUUAUUAUGGAGGUAAAUCUUACAGUCCUAUGAUUUUCUCCUUUCUCUAUUGCUCUUGUGAUGUUUCAAUGUUUUCUACAUUUUUGUUUUCUUAUUCUCAGAUUUUAGAUCCUCUCUUUUUCCAGUGCUCUCUCUGUUCUUUCUCUGUUUGCUAAGUUUUUUUUCUUUUGUUUUGGUCAUUUACAAGAGCAAUGCCUAUUGAGAAUUACGGCUAGAGUUUGUAUAUAAACUCUCAGAAUAUUGGUUAAAGCUUUGCAUAUUCUCUUUUUAUGUACAUGUCUAUCUACAUGUCUAUAUCAUUGUUUUUGAGGAAUACUGUGAGUUGAUAUUUUACUUGAUGGUACCUCUGUUUGUCUUGAAUAAAAACUACAGUCUGAGACCUUUCAAACAAUAUCCGUUGAUGCAUAACAACGCUGCUUUACUAAGCAAGACAAAAACUCCACCAAACUCUGAAAGGUGUCUCUAUUUGUUUGUUCUUUUCCCCUUACAUUUUACCCCCUUUUUCUAAUUGGUUAAUCCAAUUAGUAUUUAUUCAAAUCUGAAGUAGGACCAUCAGCUCAGAAUUUAAAAUCUAUUAAAACACCCAUUUGGUACCAAAAUAAGGCUAGGACAGGGGUCAGAUGGUCAGUAUUGACGAGACAAACAUCCUUACUUACUGAAUCUUCUCCUUUUUCAGAAUGUUUACAUCUUUGUGUUUUUCUGUGGUUGUUAUUUAAAAGAGGUCAAAAACUAAUCAAAAAGAUAUUUUGUCUUUACAUCUCCGCAGGUUACGGCACCAGGCGCACAAAGAACUAUAUGCAUACAAACAAGUAAGUAAAAACACACACAGUAGUAUUUAUCAUAUUGGUCUUAACUACAGUUUUUACUUGUAUAGUGGCUGUUCAUUGUGCAUGUUACAAGACACUUAAGGAAAAGAAAAGAAAGAAAGAAAAAAAUCAUUUUAAAGGUACAGUGUUUAGAAAAUAUGGGACUAUUCAAGAUCAAAAUACUGUUUGCUCUCGCUCCUUCUGUUUAAGAACUUCCACUCGUAACAACAGCCUUCAAGCAGAAGUACCUGCUGUCAGGUUUACUCAAAGAAACAUCUACCAAUUCAGUUUCUUGAGUGUACAACAAUCCCUAUUGGCCAGUCCUAGUUUGUCCUCUCUGUGCUUCUGUACUAGCAUGAGGGUGUAAGUUAAUAGAAGUUAUAGAAGAAGUUAAACACAUGUGUGAAUGUAACAUUUAUACAAAGCCUGUUCUGUUAAAUGCCACUCAUUUUUAUACAGUGCAUCUUCAACAGGCAUAAACCUUGAGCAGAACUAGGUCUGUGUUCAGCAGCCAUCUGCUGUGGCUGUGAUUGGCUUCAAUGGUGGGCGGGAGGGAGAUUCAGACAGAGAUUAAUAGAGACAAGCAAACAUAACAUCAACAACCACAGGAGAUAAAGCUGAUUUGUGGUUACAGUGCUGAUAACACUGCUGAAAGAAAGCAUGAUAUUCUAAGGCGGAGAAUGACAAUCGACUGAUUUGUCUAUUAAGAUGAAACAACAAUACUGAGAAGAACAUGGAAAGGCUGAUGAUGUUUGUUAUUGGGAUGUUAAAGCUCAAAGAUUAACAUUUACAGCUAUAUCAAUGACAAUCAAAGUAAGAUUUGUGCUUUUGGUGCUGUCUUGGCCAGGUCUCCCUUUUUAAAAAGAUUUUUAUCCUCAGUGGAACUUAUCUGGUUAAACAAAAAAACAACCAAAAAAAACAUUUUAGCAGUUGGAGUCAGGCAGGAUCCUCUUAGAGACAGAAACCCCAAAAUUCCCAGAUAGAUAAAGGUUUUUACUUUGAUGAUAUGUUAACGCUGAUGACAGUGCAGUCCCCUGCAGUUUGAGCACACAGCAACAUAACUGAUGUCCAAGCCUGAGCUAGACCAGACUGUGGACUUUCCCAAAAAGGAAAAUUAAGCCUACUGUUUGAAAUCCCUGACAAGCAGGUGAUUCCAAAGGAGAAGGGCCAAGGACAUGUCCUGUGUCUGAUGCCAUAAGUAGAUCGUGAGUCAAAGUAUGCUUUCUGUAUACUUGAAGUCCACUGGUCCUUAAACAUCGUUUUUUCUGGUGCAUGUAUUUGUGUCCUGACUCUUCUGCUGUAUUAAAAGUGCUAAAUUAAUUCAGAAAAUAUAACUCAAGCUCAAAAUUUCUAGAUUUUACUGCAGCUGAGUGGAGAAAAGCUGCUCAGCUGGUUAAAUCAGAUUCACACUAAUCUGAGACCGAGUAUGUCAGUGAAGUGUCGCCUGCAGAGCCAGUCAGAAGGAGCGAUGAAGGGCAUAAACAUGACUCCCAUGUUCUUUAAUUAUGUAAUACCAAUGAGUGCCUAUUCUGGGUACCACAUGAAACACGUUUGUAUACGUGUGCCUGUGCACACACAGACUGUCACAGUAGAUACUACGGGAACCCUUGUGUCUGUAAUUUAUCCUUUAAGGUGGUUAUACCUGCCAACUAAUGUACUGAUGUUUUUCAGCUUCCUCUUGGCUUAUGUAAGACUGAAGAGCUUAUGUAGCACACACACACAAACAGCCUACACUCCAAUCCCCACACACGCAUUUGCUAUAAAAUAACAUUAAUAAUAUCAAUUUAAUCUCCCUCAUCAGCCUUUGUGGUGUUUUUUUCCUCACUUAUUUAUUAAGCUGUAAUUAUUUCUCCUGGGGCGCUGUUCUCUUACAGUAUUACAUUGUUAGUGUUUCAACCAUGACUAAUAUCUUCCUGUCUUAUUGUGCCUUCCAGGUCAUUCAGAAAGAAAAAGUGAAAGAGCUAAAUUUGCAUGAGGUAAGCACCCAUUCUUUUUCUUUUUCGCUUCUGUCCUGAACAUUGUCUUUCUACAAACGAUCUGAUAAGGAGGAACAUUCUGUGAUGUAACCCGACGAGUACACAGGCUACAAUUAUCACAGAUAAUGUCUGACAUUUUCUCAGGUCACUCUUAUUUGCUUCCUGUCGUCUUGGUGGCAUAGAAACCCUUUAAUGCACUCUCUUUAUGGGAUGAAUCAGUCCAUUAAUUUAAAAGGCCUAUGUCUGAACAAAAAGGAACAUUUGGAAAUGUUUGAAUUUGUACAGUUGUACUCCACACAUCUUUCGUUUUGAGUUUAUCUCUGCUUUAUCUGGUUUUGUAACAGUGAUGAGAUGUACAUUUCAGCUAUUUGAUAAUAGCUGCAUCAGUCUUGACACUGCCCUCUGAAAAUUAGCGUGGUGUGGUUUAGUCAUGAAUUAUGUCCUUAGCAUUAUUAUGUAAUGCUGUUUUUCUGGCUUAGCCUGGCUGAAACAAUACAAGCAGCAGUCAGUAGAAAAGCAGCUGCACCAGCUCAGCACUGGAAAACACGGCAGUCCCCCCAGCCAAGAACAUGAUCCUUUUAACACCGUCGAGCAAAUGAAAUCUUCACAAUAGCAUCUUCAUGUGUACUCCAACACGGGCACAACACUUUCUUGUCAUCAGAGUUGGAAUUCCCCCGCUGUGUCGGGAGGCCCCCUUUUUUGUUGUUUAUGUUAUGAGAAACUGAAGGAAAGCAUCAGAAGGUGUCAUGUGAAACUGUGACUGAAUAACCAAGCUGUAUUUGUUUAAGGACAACAAUAAUCACACACACAGCAGCCUGGGUGGAUGACCCAGUUUUAAAGGCUCCCACGCCAGAGUAUCACCCUGAAGGUUGGAGUAUGAGUAAAGACUCAGCUGCGCAGAAUCAAUCCAGGAUUUAGUGGAAUACCUGAACUUGGAGAGCGAAUAUGAUAUCAGUUUACUGGUCAGGUUAAAGUUUGUCUAACCUGAUCCGACCAGUUUUAUUUUGGCUAUGAAACCUUUCCUCCCACUGAGUUUAGCCCAUACACGGGCGAUGUAAGACUUUAACGUGAAGAAUUCAGGUUUCAAAGCAGUGUCUUUGGUUUCAAUGGCAGGUGAACAAGUAGUUAAUGGGUAUAUAAAACAGUUGUUUUUUAAAGGAAAACCAAAGUCAAGUUUUUUAUUAAUUUAGUUUUAUUAUUUAAAAAAGCAAUAAGGGAAAAUUAAAACACGCAGAUGAAGUUGGGAUUUGUUUUGAGCUGACAAAUUAAAAAAGUUAAACUGGCUUUACUUCAGUUCAGCCUAUCUUUACUAACUUGCUAAUCUUGUAAAUUUUCAACUUUAAUCUUUUUAUGCGAUAUAUCAGCCUGAUAACAUACCUUGACAAUUUUGGUAUAUCCCUAUUUCUAAAGUAGAUCUACAGAUAUUAAUGCGUUGUGUUCAUCCAGUCCACAAUUAAGUUUGAUCCCCAGCAUUUUUAUUUUUCUGAUUGUGUCGACACCACCAAAGUUAUUUAUUACUGUUUAUGUUGCUUGCAGGACUUCAGAGUGUUUUCAAUACUCAAUGGGAAUUGCGAAAUAAUGAAUAGAAUUUGAAGUUGGCCCUUCUGUAUCGCACGCCAUAUUUCCAAAGUGCAGGUUUUUAGAUGCAACUGGUCACACGGCUCAUGAAGAGGAAUUUAGUAGAUGGAGAUUCACAGAUUCAGCAGGCCAGAGUUAAUCUUUCCCUAAUGUCGUUUCAAACACAGGAAGUAGUAAAUAAGUGGAGUGAAGGGGUGAAUUAAGUGGAAAAGUAGCACCAAAAGUAUGAUGAGAUGCAAACAGGGUUUGUUCUUGGCAUCCACUUCAGAUAGCUGCUGCUCGUCCAGACCAAAAGAAAACGUGUUUACAGAUAAUUCUGAGGCUUUUCGUCUUGUUUCUCACUCCACCUUACAUUGACAAUAUAACAUAAAUCCCGACACGUGCGCUUGGCAUUUUCAAAUGAGUUUUCUCUGAUCAGGUCCAUGAUCUGGUGAUACCGCUUUCUUUAAUAUCAAGUUUGUGUUUUUGUAAGGAGAUAGUAACAAAGGCUUUCAGGGUUUAUUCACUUAAUGGGGAGAAAAAGGUUCUGUCAAGAGUUGGCGAAGGGUGCCAGAUCCAACUGUGGCUGUGGCUUUUAAGACAAGGCUCUAAAAAGUACAAAAACACUGAUCUAUUCACAAGCAAAGAGAGCAAAGCAGACAUCUUAACGGCGGAUUGUCCUGCGCCCCGAAUUCAUCAGGAGAAAAGCUAAGAGCUCCCAUGCUGUUCUUUUCAUCCUUGCUUGUCCAUCCAGGCCCCGUAAAGUAGAGCGGGGUAAAAGAGAAUCUGUGGGGCCAAAGGAGGAACUGUUUCAGGAUUAAACAGGCCAAAAACCAGGAAGCCAGAUUAAAACUCUUUGACUUAGGUGUUAUCCCCUGGUUGGAUACAGUUUAGUCAAGGACAGCCUGUCUAGACUAGGUUUGAAUAAGAAAUGGCUCUCCAACAGUUGUUCAAAUAUGACCUGUUUGCUUACCUCUGCACAGUCGUGUUGUCAUUGUUACUCUGAUGGUGGUCUGUUGGUUCUUUUCACCAGCCAGCUGUGACUUUGACAGAGAGGUUCACACUACUCUCCCCCUUUGUGUAGCCAUCCCAACCGAAUGGAUAAUGUAGUGACAUGGACAAGAGUGACUGUAGUGUUCCCGCAGGCAUACACAGCCAGGGUAAAUUAUCAGGCUGGAGGUGGAAUGAUCUGUGGUGAGGUCUGGGUACUUUCCACCGCAAGAAUAUGCAAAAUAAAUCCACUGGAUUGCUAGUCAUCAGCAGGCAAAUUUUAAUAUCUGUCAUAUAUCAGGGCUUGACACUAACUUUAGGGGCACAAUGAAAAUUGACAAAUAAUGUGUGUUAUUGUAAGUGCUAGUAUUUGAAAUCAAUUUUACGUCUUUUGGUCACAUGACAUGGAAGCUAUUUAACAGAAUGUUCAAAAUUUACCUUUAAAUUUAACACAAACAUUUUUAGAGGACAAAUGAGGGAAAUAGAGGUGUGUCUUAUUGUCCGACCUUGGUACUAUUAUUUGAAAUCAAUUUUAGGUCAAUUGGUCACAUGACAUGGAAGUGAUUGAGGGAAAACAGCCCGUUUCUGAGAACAUCAACCGGUAAUUUAUCGACGGUCCCUUAUUCAACACCCAACGUUUACAGCGAGGGUGCCGAGUAGACUUUGCCGCGCAGUUUGCUAUUCCCGGUUAUGGAGAGUGAGAAGACACUGGUAGAUCCGCAGUGAAUGUCCAUCGAAUAGCCAACCUAAAACUAACUUCACCACAGUAUUUAUGUGAAAAAAACUUUUGUUGCUUCGGCUGAUUUUUUUUUAUGUGCACACGUGCCCCUCAAUACAUUUUACAAUUCGCACACAUCUAUUUUUAGUUGCAAAUGCGAGUGAAAUGGUCGCACUGCCGAGCCCAGUAUAUAUAAAUACAGGUUAGCACAACAGUGAUUAAGUAGCCAGGUGUUGACAGUAAAAAACUGACUCAACAGGCCGAUUAAAAAGAUUUGUUUGGUGUUGUUGUAGAAUUAACAGUCUUCCAAAGUUAGCCAGCUGGCUGAAUCUUCAAGUUCAGAGUUCAAAAAUGUAGCAGCUGAUUAAGACCUCCCUUCCACGUUUUGCACUAUGGUGUAAAUUUGCUCAGCUGCAACUAUUAGCCUGCGAUGGCUGGGGAGUUCACGACCUGUGAGAGUCACGCGUGUCAAACGUGUGGUUGGGUGUUUGUCCAUGUGUUUGUGUGUAAAACAAACACACGAGAAGACAAACUCUUCUGACUUGUCGAUCAGGAUUGCAUUAGUGACCCUUAAAAAGGAGGCCAGCCAGAGAUGCAGUCCAAGGUUAUCAGUGCAGUUUUAUCAGUUCGGACAGAAAAAAAGCUGGACUGGAAUUGUAGUUUUUCUCUUUUUGAUCAUGUGUGCUGUUCACUGUUUUCCUUUAUCUGUCUUUAAUCUUCUUUAAGACUCAUACUUAGAAUUCAAAAGCUGAGAAAAGAUCAUUUUUCAGCAGAUAUUUGAGUCCUCGGAAACAAAACGCUGUGACCGAAGGAGGAAUACAGACACAGACUGACUUAACACACACUGGGGACCAGUUUAGUGUUGCACAACAAAACAUAGCUGGUCCGUCACCGCCCUAGAAUUUGUGUCAAAUGCUUCACAGAUGUAGGCCACAGUGGUCUUUGUAAAAGAGUUCUUGACCUUGGUUGUAAGGAUAACAUAUUUUCAUUCCUUCAACACAGAGCUUAGAUAAGAAGUAAACAAACUCAGCAUUAAGAGAGUAACUACCAAAGUCAAGCUUUCUGCACUGCCUCCCUCAGGAGAAAAAACAAACCCUUUAUCUUCACUUUUUUCUUACAGAUAUGCGCAGUGUGCUUGGAGGAGUUCAAGCAGAAAGACGAGCUGGGGAUUUGUCCGUGCAAACAUGCCUUUCAUAGAAAGUGAGUAUGUGGUCCACUUGGCAUUGUGGACAGGUUUCAACACAGACACAUUGCAAAAUUAGCAUAUGUGGGUCAGGGACAGAUUGAUAGGCACAGAAGUAGUUUAUUAUUUUCCAAAGCAUAGUCGUGGUCAAGUAACUGCACGGACGAAGUUCAUGCUUGGGUCUCACACUGAGAGGAAGUUAGUAAUUAUGACCUUUGUGCUGAAACUAUUUGUGUAGUUUGUAUAAACUGUACGGGACAUGAAUGAUUGUUUGAGCCCACUCACCACCCCCCUCCACUCACGCACUCCCCGUGCCCUGACCAUUUCAACUGAGUUGUUUAUAUCAGCACGACACCUCCCUUGGCCUACUUUCCCCCCAGUUGCAGCAAGAGUGGUGACCACUCACUGAAUCCACUGUACAAACACUCCUUUUUAGAGUGUGUGCAAGUAAAGCCAAGCUGUUUCAGAGAGACACAGACAUUUGGAGUGGAGGUCCAACUCGGUCAAAAUCUUUGACUGAAUAAAUGCAUUUCUGUACUUUUAAAAAUCAUUUUCUGGGGAUUUUUUAUAGACAGCUUUACACAUUUACAUGUUAUUCCAAAAGCUGUACUUUAGUAUGAUUAUCAUUAUUGAUUUAUCCCCAGAUCAGCUUUUUUAAUUGAUGCAGUAAAUAACAGUAAAAAACAAUAUAUUUAAGUACAGAGAGCAUAUGACUAAGAAGUUUUUGCAUAAUGGCUUGAAAAAGUAGCUUAAACCCAAACAAUUGUCAGGAAUAGUUGUGUAUUUGAUUCCAUCCCAGGAAACUAGUUAGAGUGAUAUAAAAACCAGAGAACAGAAGUUGUUGAUAGGGUACAAACCGCCUCUAUCCCAGUGAUGGUAACUGACAGUGGUAACACACAGUUGUAGAGCAGAGUAAGCUCACAGCAAUGCUGAUGUGACAGAUCAUGUCAUGUUUGACCCGUGCACUUAAUUAAGCUUGCUCGUAGGAUGUGGUUGUUAAACUUGUGGCCUCGUGUGAAUUUGACACAGUUACUGUAUUUAGACGCUGAACGGCUUCCUCCUCCUGAUCGUGUGAUUCAGUUGGCAUGUGGGCAAAGACAGAGAUAGAUGGAUGGACCAUCACUGACUUCUGACUUGUCCUCACAAAACCUUUUUUGGGUUUUGAAGCAUAGGGUGAAGGAGAAGCUUCUGAAGUUUAAAGUUGUUUCUUUAGUGGACUCGUCUUUCACAACUGACUGAAGGACAUUGCUGUGUAAUAAAACUGAAUAGAUUAUCAUGAUAUCUAGGGCUGCAACUAACGACUGUAUUGAUAGUCAUCCACUCACCGAACAUUGAAACGAUUACCCCCAAUUUCCAUCGCAUCCGGAACGGCUCCGCUAUGCUAUGCUACGUCAUGCUGCAGCAUCCAGAAAAAAAAACUCUUGCGAUUGGCUGCGGAGUCUGCUGAUCUGCUGCGGAACGGAAAGAAGCCGGUGGAAAUUGACACGUUAACUUGAAUGGUUAUGAUCGGCUGCGAUUGGCGCACACUGCCUUUUCGCAGCCGUUCCGGAUGCAGUGCAAAUUGUGGGUUAGUUGACUGAUCGGUUAAUUAUAAAUUUAUCUUAAUUAUGAUGAUUAUGAACUUAUCUAAGUUAAAGUGCUCCCAAACUUUGGAAGUUUUUAAGCGUGUACUCGUAGCUGCUGUAUGGGACGCCAGCACCGCCAUGUUCCAAUACCCUUCAGCUCGGCGGAGACACUAUUGCGCGUGUUGACUUUAGGCAGAGAUCUUAAAGUAGUAAGAUGCCUCACUCCACUGGAAAAAACAUGUCUGGUAAAAAUAGUUGACCUAUUUUUGUCGACUAAUUGUUGCAGCCCUAAUGAUGUCUUAACAUUAUCAAUAUUUUCAAAGUGUAUAUCACAUUUUUAUCUAUAACAGAAUUUUGAGAAUGUCUGGUGUAUGUUCCUCUAUAAAAGCUCAAGUAGUGAAUUUGUCGAAGCUCACAGAAGCUUACAUUUUCUGAUCCCUUCUAUUUGUCUCCCUGUCCACCUUAUCUCAACCGCCCACUCACUGCUGACUCUAUCCUCCAGGUGCCUCAUUAAGUGGUUGGAGGUGAGGAAAGUGUGCCCGCUGUGCAACAUGCCCGUACUGCAGCUCGCCCAGCAGGCCGGCAGCUCAGAUCCCCCAGUGCCAAUACAGCAGCCUCUUCCCGGCAUCGAGCACCUGGUGUAG